GGAAAGUGGAAAAAGGGGAAAGUGGCGACAGAACGCGUUUCUGUACAAACCAACGAAUCAGAACCAAAGACGGAGACGUUUUUGGUGGAGCUUCGUUCCUCGGCUGCAGGCUGGUGAGGUUGAAGCUCUGACGUCAGGCGACAGGAGACGUCGGAGGCGGACAAACUGGACCUGCAGCUCAUUCUUCUCAUUCCGCUGGUUGUUUCCCUUCAGAUCAACAUGGCCGAAACACACAGAGCGACAGCGCAGGGCAGGAAGAAGUGGGUCGUUCCACAGAGAAGUGAUGAAGAUAAACCAAGUGUUCGUCCUCCUGAGAGAAAUCUGGCGGUUCCUUUCAGAGGUCACAUCCCUGGUGGGAUGCGUCCAGGUAAGAAGGUGGUCGUGGUUGGUGUUGUCGACUCGUGUCCUGACAGGUUCCACGUGGCCCUGACAUGCGGCAUUGGAUCCGCGGAGCCUCCCCCCGACGUGGCCCUGGAGCUCUGCGUCCGGUUCCGGGACCGGCAGGUCCUGCGCAGGGCCUGCGUGGCCGGCUGCUGGGGGGACGCCGACCGAGCCGCGCCGUUCUUCCCCUUCAUCGCCGGCCAGCCGUUCAAGAUUGAGAUUCACUGUGAACAAAGUCGGUUCCGUGUGUUCGUGGACGGGCAGAAGCUGUUCGACUUCCACCACCGGCUGACGUCGCUCGGCGACAUCGACACGCUGUGGAUCAAAGGCGGCGUCUCCGUCACCAAACUGGCCUGAGGGGAGGGACAUGAAGACAUGGAAACACAAACCUCCGGGACCCACUCGGGGAUUCACUCAGGACUUUGUGGUUCAAGAUGGAAAGAAAUGAGUUUGAAGGAUACAUUUGUGUGUCUAUGAUCUACUUCAGGAAAGUUUUAUUGGAACUGUUAUUUAUAUGUGGAAACAUUUAGCAAAAUCCCCAAAAGGUUCACAGAACAUUUAUGUAAUGUAUUUUUUAGAAUGUUAAUGCCCUUCAUUGUAUAAUUGUUGUCAUUAGUGGAACAUAUGGUCGGCCAAUAGGACACAACUGCUGCAACUGUAAAUAUCCUCUCACUGCAUCCAUUGAGCUUACAUGAAGGCAGCUGAGAACCAGGAGGAAUUAUCUUUAUAUUUUGUAAUAUUUCUAGUUUUUUAAAGUCGCAUUUGUUUGACAGCCUCCGUGAUCUGAUGACUACCUCAAACCACACAGCGUGAUGUCCGUAUUAAAAGUACAUGAACAUCUAUAUGAGAAAUAAAUCAUUAUUUCGAUAUCCAGUGUGUCCCAAAGGGUGUACUUUUUGCAAAAUAAACUACAUUGUUGUCAUUCAAAAUGA